AGACUUUUCCUCCCCCCUGGUAAAAAGUCUUCACUGCAACCUGGAGAUUGUCCACGUUUACAGCCUUCAUCCACCGCUGUGCUGCUCUCCACAUCUGCAGUGUCUACGCAAAGCACGGACAACCCAGCGGGCCUCUAAUUUAUUCUUUUUGUGGCGAUAUUUUUUUGUCUAAUAUUUUGAAUCACUGUAAUCUAUUUGACGAUAUUCUGCAAGAUGUUUCCCCGCUGCAUUUGCCUUUUCCUCUUAUUUACGUGGUCUUUUGUGGAGUCUAAUCCCAGUCCUGUGCUAGGAGAUGUAGUCGUGGACAGAUACUUCAUACCCAAAGUUUGUGCGAGAGAAUCAAAAAAUGGAGAUCAUGUCCGCUAUCAUUAUAACGUCACGUUAGUGGACGGGAAAACAUUUGAUUCGAGCCAUCAGAGAGGAGAGGCCAAGGUGGCUCAGAUCGGGGAGGGUAGGCUCCUAGCGGGCAUUGAGAAGGGUCUACAGGGCAUGUGCGUGAACGAGCGCAGGACCGUCACUGUCCCUCCUCACCUGGCCUAUGGCAGCACCGGUGCAGGUGACAUCAUUCCUCCUGAUGCCACUCUUGUGUUUGACAUCCAUCUGCUGGAUUUAUGGAACAAAGCUGACAUGGUUGUCUCAAAAACAAUCAUCACUCCCAAAGACUGCAAACGGUCUGUGAUGCGCACCGACUUUGUGCGCUACCACUUCAACGGCACUCUGCUCGAUGGCACAAUCUUUGAUUCCAGCUACACAAGGAAGCAGACCCAAGACUCCCUUGUGGGCGAGGGCUGGCUGAUCCAGGGCAUGGACGAAGGCCUGCUAGGCAUGUGCGUGGGAGAGAUCAGACAUAUCGUCAUCCCACCCUUCAAAGCCUAUGGAGAAAAGGGAUCAGGUAAAGAAAUCCCCUCUCAGGCGACCCUGGUCUUUGAUGUCCUAUUGGUUGACAUUCAUAACCCAAAGGAUAACAUCUCUGUCGAGAACCAGGUGGUGCCAGAGUCGUGCACACGCAAGUCUGUGGUUGGUGAUUACAUCCGAUACCACUACAAUGGUACUUUCCUAAAUGGAGUCACCUUUGACACAAGCUACCAGAGGAACAGCACAUACAACACCUAUAUUGGGAUGGGGUAUGUGAUUGCAGGAAUGGACCAGGGUCUGCUGGGAGUCUGCAUGGGAGAGAGAAGGAGAAUCAUCAUCCCUCCACAUCUGGCGUACGGACAGCAGGGAGCAGGCGACGUCAUCCCCCCUUCUGCAGUCCUAGUGUUCGACAUUCACGUCAUCGACUUCCAUAACCCAGCCGACAGCGUGGACAUCAAGACCACCCACAAACCUGAGGUGUGUAACGAGACUACUGCCGUGAACGAUCUAGUUCGCUACCACUACAACUGCACCCUGAUAGAUGGCACGCCGCUCUUCUCCUCACACGACUACGAGAACCUUCAGGAUGCAGUGCUGGGUGCUGACAAGGUGAUCGACGGGCUGGAUGAGGGCUUGAGAGGCAUGUGUGUGGGCGAGAGGAGGCUGGUAACGGUGCCGCCUCACCUCGCUCACGGAGAAAAAGGAGCCACUGGUGUGCCAAGCAGUGCUGUGCUGGUCUUUGAUAUUGAACUGAUGAGCUACGAGAAGGGUGUGCCGCCAGGUUACCUGUUUGUGUGGCUCCAGGACACCCCCGCUGACCUUUUUGAAGCCCUUGACCUUGACAAGAACAAAGAGGUGGCCCAGGAGGAGUUUGGCGAGUUCAUCAAACUGCAGGUUGCAGAGGGCAAAGGUCGUAUCAAACCCGGACUGAUCAUGGAGCAGGUUAUUACCGACAUGUUCCAAAACCAGGAUAGGAAUCAAGAUGGAAAAAUCACGCCUGAAGAACUUAAACUGAAGGUAGAUGAAGACAAAGAACGGGAAGCAGGAGCACAUGACGAGUUGUGAUGAGGACAAAUGCCUUCAUUCUCUCUCAGGGAUAAGCCCAAACACCUUCAAAACAAGCAUCAAGCAACUUUUUCAACAAAGUAUCACAGUUUCUUACUUUCUGCACCACAUUGAGCUUUCUUUAGUACUGAAAAGAAAACUAUGCAAAGAGUUGUUUUUGUUGAGUUUUGUUUUGUAUGUUUGUUUUUGAUUGUUGUAUUUCCGAAACCAAACAAGCACCUUGAUUUGUCCCUGAUAGUGUCAUUGAUUAAAAUGUUUGUAAGAAAAAGAAAAUUAAUUGCUUUUUUUUCCAGCUGAAUUUUAAGGAAACUGAGCACCAAAGGGAAAAAAAAAUCCCAGUAAAUCGUCCUUUAAAGUUUUGGAAAUUUUAAAGGAGUAGUCCUCAAAAUGUUCAAAAAGACUUUAAUCAGGAGAGACUUAAAUACGAAUGAACAAUUAAUUAUUUCCCACAUUUUGAUGAAAGACGUAUAUGCAAUGCCAUCGACUAGACUCAAUCAUGAUGACUUCAUGUACUUGAAGGGGUGGUGAGCCUGACGGCAGGAAUAGGACAGACACUGGUGGAGGUGAAGAGGGAUGCAGGAUCAGAUGAAAAGUAGAGUUCUGAGCAGCUAGACCAGGACACCAAUGAACGAAUGGUGACUAAUAAAUGAGUAAAAAACAGUCCUUCUUGAAUUUCAGUGAGGUAGGAGCCUGUUGUUGUUACUUGGUCCUAACUUUGCAAAGCAGACAUAUUGGCCAGAUUCCACGUCCAUGGCAGUCAAAUUCCACAAAUUUCCAAUAAGCAUCUUUGCAUUGCCCAUUUGUCACUAGUAUGUUUGAAAGGGGCAAAAAGUUAUUCAAAAUGAGAUUGGUAAAAAUUUGUAAUGAUGCCAUUUUAAAGCAUUAAUAGAUGAUUUAAAAAGCCUUUAGAGCUUUACUGCAAUGUAAAAAUAUAAAUGGAGAUUAAGUGUAAUUAAGUGUCGUAUAUAAGUUGCAAUAUUUUCCAGACUAUUACAUACUAAUAAGCCUUUUUAAAUUAGCUGUUAAACUGAAACUAACAUCAAUAUUCUCAAUGUGCUAUAAAGUCUAAAUAAUUUGUUUGGUUUAAAGAUCUCAAUUCAAAGUAAUUCAGAUUUAUAUGGGUUAAAUUCUUCAGCAUGAUCAGCUAGAAACUUUGACAGCAAUCAUGAUUGUAUCUUGUUUUAUCAUGAGAACUCUUUUAAACCAGGUGUCAGCCUUCUUCUUUAAAAUUUUAUACUAAGCUUCUUCUUUACCUUCCAGAUAAAAAUACAUACUCCCAGACCAAAAUAAUUGUUUAUCAUGUGAUUAAAGCUUGUUAAGAAAAAAAAAGGUGGAACAUUGCCCUUACUUGCAUGAUUUAAGUGGCUUCACCAUGCUUGUAAUAUCCCUAAGGUUUAUGUGUGAAGACCUGCUGCCACAGAGUGGAGCUGUAACACUGAAAAACCAGCUAACUGAAGUGCCAUUGACAGUGCUGUAAGCUGUCUUAAAUCCCUGUGUGUUGCUGAAAAACACUUUUCAUUAACAUGUAUUAAAAAACUUAAGCAGACUGUGCUCUGUCUUUAGUUACUCCAAGUUUAAGUAAGUAUUGAAUCCACAUCUUUAUCAAAACAUCACAGGUCAGACAGCCCAUCACUCUAAUCAUUCACUUACAUUUAUAUAAUAGGAGCUGACAUGGUCAGAUAUUAUAUAAAGGAAAUUAUCAAACUAACUGGGAGUUUCAAACUUUUUUGAUUUGUUUUAAAAUUUUUCAGGUUAUCUCUAAAUAAUGGAAGAGGGUAUUUGUAAUAUUUUUUGUUACAUUUUCAGGCAAAACUUACAAAUUCUGUAAAAAAAAAAAUGUAAUAGGACAGUUAGAAUUAUUAUUGUGAGAGUCAUCACUGCUAAAAUUCACAUAGUUAUAUGUGAUAUUUGAGAUUAUUAUAGGUGUCCUGUGGGAAUUAUAAGAUAAAACUGGUACCACCAUUUUUUCCCCCAUAAACAGAAAAGAAACCAUAAAUGGCUACUUUAUUGAUCUUGAUUUUCACAUGUGGGUCAAAAGUAUGAAACUUGGGAUUCCACAAAUAAUAUUCUAGAGCUUGAAUGCUGAAUUUAUUUCAAUGAGUUCUCUAUAAAGGGUUAACAACAAGAUCCUGAAACUUCUUCAACAACUUCACCUCCUUUUGUUUUUAUUUCGUCUGACUUUAAACAGAAAGGUUUAGAUGUAAUGAUGCUCAGAGAAUUGUUUGGUAAAAUACUCUGUUUUUGUGCCACUUUGAGUAGAGGGUCUUCAGAGAUAGGACUGGCACUGCCACCUCACGCUCAGCUGCCUGGCAUGGUCACGCCCUGUCCUUGCCUUAAGUGCAGCCGUCAUUGUCUGGAACAGCAGGUUGGGUGGUGUUAAGUGCAGCCAUAACUGUUGGUGACUUUGGACUUACUGUACGCAAGGGAACACAGAGGGCAAUUAUUAUGCUGUGUUGCACCCCUGUUGACUCUCUUUACAGCAACAUGUUCAUAAAACUUGCUGGUGAAGAAAUGCUGUAUACUGUAGAUGUCUUAUUAACCUGGAAUAAAGUGUUUCAUUAUAAGCUGCACCUUUUUUUUUGUAGAAGUAGAAUGUCAGUGUUUGGUUAAGUUAAUGAGUUUUGCACUGAGUAACUAGAUACACAGUGACAAAUUUUGCUUAGAUUUUGUUUAAAUGAGUUAAAUUGUAUAUGUUUUAAAUUGUUAGAUCGCUGUUGAGGCUCCAUGAACAACAGGACAAGUUUAAGUUAGAGAGGUCAGAGAGGUUUUGACUUGGUGAUACAGAGGAACAUUGUGUUAUUCAUACGUUAAACAAAUAAUCAGAGGAUGACCACAAUGGCCCUUUUUGGAUUUGUAGUCCUGAUUAUAUUGAAUGUUACUUUCAUACUUGUGUUGAUUGUUUGGUUUUAAGAAAGAACUAUGAUAGAGCAUAUAUGUUAAUACAUAUGAUUGAACUAUUUUGUGUACAUGAGUGUCCUUUAUAUAUCUUGAGGACAGUUUGUGACUGAGGACCCAGGGAGGAGCAGUGCUGAGUAAUGAUGAUGUGCCGUCAUGCUUGGUAUUUUUUUUUCUGUCUAAUGCAAAUGAUGAAGUUACAAAUGAAAACACAACAGACUCAGUGUGAAAGGUUGGAAUUUGUGACAUUUUUUUUUUUGAUUACCGAUACAAAAACACAUCCAAAAAUAAUGGGCCCAAUGUGUGAAGACCUUUAGUGUGUGAUAAUCUUUUAAGUCUGCAAUGGAAUGAGAGGGAGGUAAAAUACAGUGUUUUGAAGGCAUUUCCUUAUAAUCCAAUGUUUUGGCUAAAGGAGAGGCUCAUUUAUUUUAUGCUAGUUGAGAUAGGUUUGCAACAGCCUAGCUUUAAAAGCUAACUUGAAAAUAAAGGAAAUAGACAACUUUUAAGAUGGUUGUAUUUAUCUAUUUGUAGGCAAGCCCGGAUGCAUAACUUAGGUUGUAUCAUUUUCUGCACCUAGUCAGCUGUUCAACAUGAGAUAAUGUCAAGAAUAACAAUUCAGACUAAUGCUAGCUUGGAUUAAGCUAGUGUAAAUUUAUAUCUGUUACACCUUUAGUCUUUUUGUGGUCUUUGGUAGCCAACAACCACAGAAAUAAGCAUGUACGUACUUCAUAUUAAACCUAAAAAUAACCUGUUUUAUCUCUGAGCCAUUCUAUCAUUUUUCCAUUGACGUAAUGUGAUGAAAUGUGUGAAAAGGGAAGUUGUAUCUAUUGAGAAGUGCAAUGGGAUCAAGGUCAGUUUGAAAUAAAAUCAUUUUAUGGCUGGUGAAAGGGUGAAGGCUUUAUUCUUGUUUCGAUGUGACAGAAAUUAUAAACAUGACCACAGACUCACAUUUUUAACCAAGCUUAAAACACUGAUAAAAAAUAAAUUUUCUUGUUAAAUUUUUUCCAAUCUUCCCUUUUCUUUUUCUACCUUAUCUUUAACUGUAGGCAUGGAGAUAAUUUUAUCUAACAUCUUGUGACGUCUUGAAUCAAAGGUCAUGUUAUCCUCGGUCCCACCUGUUUUUUUAUUGGACACAUUUCCUGAUAACACUUGUCGCUGAAAUCAAGGUCCAACACAAAGCUUUGAAACUUAGUCUUACUGAGCUUCAUUGAAACAGCCUCCUUUGCUGCAUUAUUCGGAUAAU